GCAUGGUGGAACCAAAAAAAUGAUUCAGAAGACUGGAAUGUGUGGUGCAGAUGUUUUUUUCUUGGGUCCAAGAGUGCUUCCCCGAGCCUUGCAUUCCCACCUACGGUGUAAUGUAACCAGCCACUAAUCAGCAAAAGAGCUGACUAAUACUAGAAUUAGUUAUGAUGGUGCGACUAUGAAUGCAGCCUUCUGAGAAAUGCCACUGUUAGUGUCAUUGUUGGAAUGAAGCUGAAGCGUUUCCUUUAAUGUACAUGCUUCCUGCUGUUCUGUGCUUCAUUCCAUCAUUUUCAGUGAACAAACAUUAAGGAUUUAUGUUUGUCAGGUUUGCUGAAUAGAGGAGAGUUCAGCUUCGGUUCUGAGAAGCUGCUUGCUGCAUCAUUUGUGCCAGAGAGGGGAUGAGAAGUUUACAACUGGUUCUGCACUAAGCAAGCAACUAUCGUGAAGCAAGAUGCCCCUGGAGUUCAGGACCAUGUGUGUCCUCCUGCCGAACAGAGAGGAGCUCAGCGUGGCUGUAGGGGUUAAAGCCACUGGGCAAGAACUCUUCCAGAAAGUUUGUGACUUACUUCAAAUUAAAGAUCCUCACUUCUUCGGUAUCAGUGUUCUAAAAAACAAUGAAUAUAUAUUUAUUGACCUGGAGCAGAAACUUUGCAAAUACUUCAUAAAGGAAUGGAAGAAAGACACAAACAAAGUGACAGAGAAAUUCAGCCCUCCCCUGGUUACAUUCUUUAGAGUGCAGUACUAUGUGGAAAAUGGACGAGUUAUAAGUGACAAGGUAGCACGGCACUAUUACUACUGCAAUCUAAAGGAACAAGUUCUGAGGUCUCGGUGCGCAAACAAAGAAGAAAUCUACUUCCUACUUGCUGCUUAUGGUCUGCAAGCUGAUGUGGGUGACUACCAGGAAAACUUCCAUAAUGGGAACUAUUUUCAACCCCAGGCUUAUUUUCCACAGUGGAUAAUUGCAAAGCGAGGGAGUGAUUAUAUCCUGAAGCAUGCUCCAGAGAUGCACCGGGAGCAGCAAGGCCUGACCACAAAAGAAGCUAUUCUGAAAUAUGUCAAGGAGUCCUGUUUGCUAGAAGAUGUGCCUGUUCACUUCUACAGAUUUCAAAAGGAUAAGAAAGAGGAUCGCCCUACAAUCAUCCUGGGCCUGACCCUGAAAGGGAUACAGAUUCAUCAGGAUGUGAACCAUGUUCGAGAGCUGCUCUAUGACUUCCCCUGGUCACAUAUUGGGAAACUUGCAUUUCUGGGGAAAAAGUUUGUGAUCCAGCCAGAUGGCUUGCCUUCUGCUCGGAAACUGAUUUACUAUACAGGUUGUCCCUUCCGUUCUCGGCAUUUGCUUCAGCUGCUCAGCAACAGUCAUCGACUCUUUCUUAACAUCCAGCCUGUGCUUAAGCAGAUCCAGAUGCUGGAAGAUGCAGAAGAGAAAAAACGAUAUCGAGAAUCUUACAUCAGUGAUACAUUAGAGAUGGAUCUUGAUCCAUCAGACAAACGUUCACAUGACAGUGGAAGCAGCAGAGGGAGCAAAAGAAACAAUCGUCUGUCUCGGCAGUCAACAGAUAGCCAUAGCAGUUCACACACAUCUGGCAUUGAGGCUGACUCAAGGCAUCGGAUGUCUGUGGAAAUGUCUGUGGAUGAACCCUUCAUUAUGGAUCAGGUUCAUCAGAAGGAGGAGAAGUUCUGUAGCUCAACUGUCAGCUGUGGGAGCUCAGGCAUUGAUAAUGGCAGCAAAGGCAAAGCAGAUGACUCCCAGGACGAUGAGGCUGAACUGGUAGUGGAUGAACCAGAAGAGGUACCUGUGGAUGAGCUUCACUCAGAAGUGGCCAUCAAUGGAAUGUCUGGAGAUUCUCUUGCAGUAGAUGGUGUUUGUUGUCAAACCUUUAAUAGGAACCCUCUUUCAGUAGUGCAGGUCACCUUAAUAAAGGUCAGAGGACAAAGUGUGGAAUCCCUUCAUCAGGUGGCACAGUCCAAAGCUAUGAAGUGUCCAGACCAGCACAGCCAAAGUUUAGAUGACAUUCGCCUUCAUAAGCAUCUUCAUCCACCAUUAAGUGCCACAUUAUCUUCAGAUACUUCCCACAGCUACACAUUUGGUUGUACUUUAGAGGAUAAACUGGCCAACUACGGAUGUGUGUAUUCAACAGCUGACUGCAAAACCAAGUCAGCCCUCUAUGGGAAGAGGUCCAUGAAUUGUCUGUCUCUGGAUCUCUUGGGAGAAGAUCCACUCCCAGAGGAAUUUGUGGUGUAAGCACAUUUGAAGACUUCUUGGACAAUCUUGGACAUACACUCACAGAGAAAAAAAGACUGUUAUGAAAGUUGUGGGAAAUGAAAGCUGUCAUAUAUACCUCAUCAUCUGGGAUGUUUGCCCUUCAUUCUCGUUCCAGGUGAUAAAAAAAACAAACGCUGUGGCUUUCCGUUGUUCUGUCUAGCAGCCUUAAUUAAAGUGCAAAUUAAUAAUUAAAAUAUACCACCAGUAGGUCUCCCAGUCAACAUCUGAGGAAUCCUGGACUACUGGCAGAAACACUUUUCAAACUAAAAAAGCUUGUGGGCAAAUAAAUACCAGAUAAGCCAGUAGGGAACACAGAAAUAUUUGCCUGGAAUUCUCCAACUGUGGUCCAGUGUAUUGGUCACUUGUUGUUUUGGUAGGUAUGGAGCUGAUUUUCCUCAAAUGUACCCUCAUCAGUUACCUAUGAGGCAGAAAUUCUAUCACUCCACUGCCAUUGUCCGGAUAGAACAUUGGAUCUGCCUUAUGUUAUGUGCAACUUUCUUAUGUCAGAUCUUGUCACCAAGUAACAGAGUUAGAAGGGGCCAAAUGUCUUGACUAAAAUGUGCCUAAGCAGCCAUUUCUUGCAGAGAAAGAUAAGAGAAGCAGUGGCAAAGAGUGAGAAUUAGAGGAGAUGAAAAGCCUACAAAUGAUAUCUAAAUUGACCCAAAUUUUCACUUUUAAAAAUUCAGUUUUAUGUCUUGAUCUUGUAGAUCAAUAGAACAUUUAAUGUGCUUUUUGAUCAAAAGUUCCUCAGGUCAAAAUAUUGGCUCUACAAGGAUGAUACAUAUGCAGCUUUCUGUGGAUUGAUUGCAAUAUGACCCUGCUACAUCUUCUCUAUGACUGAUAUUUUGAAUGGAAGCAGGAGAGGUUUUGUCUAGUUUUGUGAAAUAACAAGUGGGGACCCAUUCAUGAGAAGAGAGAAUCCCAUUCUCCUCCCCUUUGCCAGAUGGUGCUGCUGUACUGCUCACCCCUGUUCUCACUGCCCACCAAAUUCAUUCACCCCCUUAUAAAGCAACUUGGGGAGCAUUAGUAAUUGCUUUAUUGCCCACCAUCAUCAUGGCUGUUCCCUGGCCUUACAUGGGGGGCUGCUCCUGGUCCUCCCCCCCCCUUCAUCUAUUCUUCUCCACAACUUGACCUCACUAGCAGAGGGGGAGUGGUGGCUCCUACUCCUCGCACCCUGCCAGCCUGAAGUGUGUGUGUGGGGGGGGGUGUGACCUGCUCCUCUCUGCCUGACAUCUCAUUGUUGGGGGGAGGGGUCCAGCUUUCACCAAACUCACCCACUCACCCACCAGUCUCAAGGCUCUAUCAAUCUGCACUGGGAUCAGGUUCAGAAUUAGAUGUAUUGAUAAUGAUAGAACCUUGAAUUUUGACCAGUCCUGGUUCUGGAAUAUUGGCUAGUGGAACUUUGCUUUAUUUCUUAACUAUAUUGUCUCAACUUUUAGCUUAACACUUAUUUUCUUAAUUUGUCUUAAUUUUUAGCAAAACAGCUGUCAUAUGCUUCCUGUCUGAUUUGUUUUAACAUAAGAAGAACCCUGCUGGAUCAAACCAGUAGUCCUGCUAGUCCAGCAUUCUGUCUCAUACAGCGGCCAACUAGUUCCUCUGGACAAUCAUGGGCCUGACUGUCUUUCUGCCAAAAGUUGAGCACUUUGACAUGCCUAACUCUUCCUCACUGACACUAGUGCUACGUAAAAAUGCUGAACUUUGGCUGGAUUAUACCCAGGGUAAUACGAGAGAGCCAGCCCUCAAAACUAUUCAGCUUGUUUUAAUGAAAAUGCUUCUGCUACUCUGAUGGCAGUUAUGCAGCCUCAUUGCACUCGUAUGAACUUAAGAAUUCUGAUAUAUUUUUAAUUUUAAUCCUCGAGUUUUAUUUUAAUUUUAUGUUUGGCUUAGCAGUGCUGUGGAGGUAAAAAGACAACCUCUUUUAAUCUACUGAUGAUAUGAAAACCAGCUGUCAAUACUUGUUCAGCCAUAUGAGAUAAGAUAUCUGUUACAGUCAUGCUGUGUUCCUCCUUUCCAUGAAAGGAAAUCUUUUGUAUGAGGAAAAAACCCCACAUAUGUAUAAAUAUAUACACACACAAAUAUAUAUAUAUAUAUCCUUAAUAAAGAGAUUGCUAGAAAA